UGGAUAUCAAUUCCAUGAUUUGAGGUGACAGAUCUUCGAAGAUGAAGUCAUGUCCAUGUUCGAUGCCGGCAUUGGCAUAUCCAACCCGAAGAACCGUUAUCAUGACCUUCCAGCAAGUAUGCCGGGUUGAGGGUUCUCGGAACGAGAUCUGUCGCCUUGAGUCUUCGCUGCCUCCCUCUUCUACCGCUUCUCGUGACGCAGAGGGUCCAGUAUGGUACCAGUCGACUCUGUCUGGGCAGCGGGAGCCUUUGCCUUCCCCCGUUGGCCAUCUCAUAUUGCUUGUCUGCAUGAUUUUGCAUGCGAUCAUUCCUUUGGGGCGUCGGAGCUAUCGAAGAGGCAGAGUCUCAUCUUGUCGCGUUUCUAUGGCUUGAGUCAUUCGUUCGAUGCAAAAGAUGCCGCCAAGUUCGCUUGUGUGAAGGUGGUAGUCGGGGCGGUUCGGUACUUGGGCUCGUCUUUGUUCUCCACGUCAGGGCCUUUGUUUCGAAGACAGUUCGCUCCUCCUGCGAAUGACCUUCGAACCUACUUCGAGUUAGCGUAUUCACUCUGGCGCUGGCUUUCCCGGUGCUUUACCGAAAGGAAUAAUGUUCGAAUUUCUAGCCGCUCGAGCGGUUCCGAAGGUUUCAAGCGACUCAUUCCGAGUCGUGGGGCUCAUCUGGACGCGGUCUCGAAUCGCCGGAAGGAGUAUUCUGAACUCGUACGUUCCAUAUCAUACCGUUGUUGUGAAGAGAUCCUCAAACAUGGGACGCUGGUGUUGAGCAGACUCCGCCGAAUGACCAACCCGAUCUUGCCUUCCUCGAGGCACGUUUCUAGCCGCUUGUGAGACUAUGCUUGAGAGGCUGUCCCAACCCCGAAGCACUUUGAGUCUAUUGAUUUUAUAUCGGGGGCCCCAAUGUGGGCUUGUGUACAAGUUGUAGAGCAGGUCGUUCUGAAGGAGGCUUGGCGCGUCGUUGCGCGGAGACCAAUCGCCCGCCAGCCGGCAUCAACUCGCUCAGGAAUCGGCAAUUAUUAUAGAAUUGAUGAGGUUGCGGAACUAGGCGCGACUUCAUGUAAAGCUUCAUCCC